AUGGAAGACCAGGUCGAGUUCGACAUUAAUGAGGCUCUGAAGCUGUACCUCAGCGACUCGGCAACCAUCCCUACCCCCGAUGCGAGCCCCGAACUCCAGGACUGCGAAAAUGACCCAGAGAGCCUCACGGACUCUCUCGUCAGCCAUGUGUUGGACCCAGUGGCGGAUUUGAUCUCAGAGAGCCCAGAGGGACUGAUGAAAAGUUCAGCCUUUGAUACCAUACAAUUCCUGUUAAAGUGCGCCCCCUCGCAUCCCUUGUCUUCUACCCAGUGCUCCCAGGAGCCCCAAGCUGAACUAUUUCUCCCCUCCAGACAGUCUUCCGUGCUUUCGACUCAAUGCUUGAGUAAGAUCCUACAUUUGAUUGUUUCCGGCUUAGCAACUGCUGCAGACGUCGCAAGCCAUGAUAUCGAGAACGAUGAGCAAGAGACCCUCUCACACCACAAGCGACUACUGGAGAUGUACGCGUUCAUCCUUCAGUGGUCCAUCUCCUCCGUCGAAGCCAAGGCACUCGAGAAGUCAGCUACGGCGCCCGCGAGAAGAGGCGGAAAAGGCGCAAAGGCCAAAUCCGCGGCGAAAGACGAUGUUUGGGACUCUUCGAGUCAGAUCCAGGGCGCCAUGGACGUUAUGUGUCGAGUCAUGAAGCUCAAGUUGAAUCGCAUUUUCCAAACCACCUCCGACCGGGACACAUUCAUCAACCUCUUCACACGGUCUGUCUACCUCAUCAUGGAGAGUGAGGCACGGGUCAAGAUCACUGCCGUACGCAUGUUCUGCUUCAAGGUGCUUUGUGUGGCCGUCAAGCACCACGGCCAUGCUCUCGGAGCUCAAACAUCUAUCGUCCAGAACCUGACAUAUUUUGAGCAUCUGUCAGAGCCGAUGGCGGAGUUCUUGCACAUUCUGUCGGAGCAAUACGACCAUCAUCAACUCUCUGCCGACAUCCUCCGAGAGUUGGCAGCCAAAGAAUUCAGUCAAAGUGAUACCAAAGGGCCGAAGUCGGUCUCUACAUUCAUCGUCAAGCUCUCCGAACUAGUGCCUCGGCUUGUGAUCAAAGAGAUGGGCUUGCUGGCGAAAUUCCUCGACAGCGAAUCCCACACGCUACGAUGCGCCGUGAUAGAGGUCUGCGGGAAUCUGCUCGCGGACCUCAGCAAGCAGGCAGAGAAGACGGAAACCACCAAGAUCCAGAUCAAUGCAUUCUUCGAUACUCUGGAACAACGAUUCCUCGAUACAGCUCCGUUCUGCAGAGUCCGUGCCAUCCAGGUCUUCACCAAGAUUUGUGACCUGGAGCAGAAAUUCCCUAAACGGAGGCAAAAUGCUGCCGAACUUGCAAUGCAGAGUCUGCAGGACAAAAGCAGCAACGUAAGACGCAAUGCCAUCAAGCUGCUCAAGAAGCUUGUAUCUUCUCAUCCCUUCAGUUUGAUGCACGGCGGGACACUGUCGCAUAAAGAGUGGGUUGAGAGACUGGAAGCGGUGGAAGCCCAGUUGGACGCACUGAACCCUCCUCCGGACUCGCCAGGCCUGGCCCAGACAGCCUCAGGAGAGGAGAGAGUUGACACAGAGUUGCUUGACGACGCCACCCAGUCUUUAGAGCCGCAAGAGAUGUCCGAAGAAGAGAAGAUUGCUGCUGUGAAGAAGGCUGAAGAAGAGGCGGCGACUUCUGAGGUGGUGGGCAAACUCCAACUGACCCGAAAAUACUACCUGGAGGCCCUGAGAUUCAUCGAAGUGGUGCACGAGGCUUCUGAGAUCGCGGUCCAGCUCUUGUCUUCGCCAAACAAGACCGAGGUUAUUGACGUGAUGGACUUUUUCGUCACCAUUGACGCCUUCAAGGUGGAAACGGCUCGAAAGGGCAUCAGACGCAUGCUGCGACUGAUCUGGACCAAAGGCAACAGUGAUGAAGGGAAAGGAGUGCAGAACCACCUGAUCGAAAAUUACAAAGGUCUUUUCUUCGACGCCCCGGAAAUUUUCAGCGCAAACGACGCCGCGAAUUUCGUUGCCAGAAACAUGAUCAGCCUGACCUUUGGUGCUACUCCCGCGGAGCUGACCUCACUUGAACAACUUCUGAGUACUAUGUUCAAAUCCGGGCAUAUCUCUGAGAUGGUGGUGGCGAAGCUGUGGCAAGUCUAUGGCGUGAAUAAGGAAAUCUCAAGGGCCCAGCGAAGAGGAGCCAUCAUCGUACUGGGAAUGAUAGCCCUUGCCAGCCCGGAGGUCGUCGUCAAAGAGAUCGACACAAUGCUGCGAAUAGGCCUGGGACAUCUUGGAAGGCAAGAUUCGGUUCUUGCCAAGUUCACUUGUGUCGCCCUGCGUCGCAUGAUCCCUACUACCAAAAAGGCACAAGAUAAGAGUGUUUCAGCGGGGCUUUCCCGGAUGUCGAACAAUCACGAGGUGUUGCGAAUGCUGGCAUCCAUCCUCUUGACCACCUCAGCCAGCAAGGAUUGGUACGGCAUGGCCGAGCAGGCCAUUGGUGCCAUUUAUGUUCUUUCCGACCAUCCUGAUGAGUUGUGCUCCGAGGUCCUGAGACAGAAGACUCGGCUUGUGUUUCAGCAAACCAAACACCUGUCCUCGCUGUCACAGCCAUCGUCACCCGAGCCUGAUGCGAUGGAGGUUGAUGGAGGAGAAGAGGGGCCGAAUUCAGAGACGUUGUCAGAACCAGAGGAACAGGCACCGGCGUCGGAGACAAGCGGAGAGAAGCCAUCCAUUGCUCUGUCUCAAUUACUAUUCACCGUGGGACACAUCGCCAUCAAGCAGAUCGUGCACCUUGAACUAUGUGAAUUGGACUUCAAGCGACGGAAACACGACCAAGAAAAGAACAAGUCAGUUGGCAAUGCUUCACUAGAUACUUCGAUGGGCCCUACACCGGCUCGAAGAAAGAGGACGGCCGCAGAAGAGGUAUUGGCAGAGAAGCAGAAGGAAGAAGAAAAGGAUGAACUGGACUUGAUCGGCGGAACAACCGAAGACGAUUUCACCGAGGCGAUCGUACAUAUUCGAGAGCGAGAGCUCCUUUAUGGACCAAACUCGUUGCUGGCGAAUUUCGGCCCUCUCGUGACGGAAAUCUGUGCCAACAACACAGCAUAUAAGGACCGAAACCUCCAGGCCCAGGCGACAUUGUGUCUGGCCAAACUCAUGUGCGUCAGCAGUGAAUACUGUGAGAAGAACCUACCGCUUCUCAUCACCAUUCUCGAGAGAUCCACCGAUCCCAUUGUGCGUUCCAAUGCUGUCAUCGCCUUGGGAGACAUGGCAGUGUGCUUUAACCACUUGAUCGAUGAGAAUACAGACUUUCUUUAUCGACGACUCAACGACGGAGACGAAAGUGUCAAACGGACGUGUCUGAUGACACUGACGUUCCUGAUUCUGGCCGGUCAAGUCAAGGUGAAGGGUCAGCUAGGUGAAAUGGCCAAAUGUUUGGAGGAUGCGGACAAGAAGAUUGCCGACCUGGCGCGCAUGUUCUUCACGGAACUGGCCACCAAGGACAAUGCCGUGUACAACCAGUUUGUCGACAUGUUUAGUGUCCUCACCCAGGAGGGUCCAUUGGAUGGUGGUGUCAUGGAGGAAGAAGCGGUCAAGAGGAUCCUCAAGUUCUUGUGCGGGUUUAUCGAAAAGGACAAGCAUGCCAAAAACCUGGCCGAGAAACUUGCCGCUCGACUCGGACGAUGUGUCAGUAAACGACAGUGGGAUGAUACGGCGUACGCGCUGUCCCUGCUGCAGCAUAAGAACGAGGAGAUCACGAAGAAACUGAGCGAAGGGUACCGAGUGGUGGAGACGGAGGCGUAG